AUGACGCUGCAGACACACGGACAAGCUGCUGGCUCAGUGGCUAUCGGAACAGCGCUCCGGACUACUGGAGAGCGGCUGCUGCAGGGGCCAGGGGCGGCUGCUGCAGCGGCGGUUGCUCCAGGGGCUGCUGCUGCUAGGGCGGCUGCUCUAGUGGCUGCUGCUGCUCCAGGGGGUGCUGCUGGGGCGGCUGCUCCCGGGGCUGCUGCUGCUGGGGCGGCUGCUCCAGGGGCUGCUGCUGCUGGGGCGGCUGCUCCCGGGGUUGCUGCUGCUGGGGUGGCUGCUACCGGGGCUGCUGCUGCUGGGGCGGCUGCUCCAGAGGCUGCUGCUGCUGGGGCGGCUGCUCCAGGGGUUGCUGCUGGUGCUGCUGCUGGGGCGGUUGCUCCAGCGGCUGCUGCUGCUAGGGCGGCUGCUGCAGUAGCGCCGGCUCCAGGGGCUGCUGCUGCUGCUGGGGCGGCUGCUCCAGGGGUUGCUGCUGGUGCUGCUGCUGGGGCGGUUGCUCCAGGGGCUGCUGCUGCUGGGGCGGCUGCUGCAGUAGCGGCGGCUCCAGGGGCUGUUGCUGCUGGGGCGGCUGCUCUAGUGGCUGCUGCUGCUGGGGCUGCUGCUCCAGGGGCUGCUGGUGGGGCGGCUGCUCCCGGGGCUGCUGCUGCUGGGGCGGCUGCUCCAGUGGCUGUUGCUGCUGGGGCUGCUGCUCUAGAGGCUGCUGCUGGGGCGGCUGCUCCCGGGGCUGCUGCUGCUGAGGCGGCUGCUCCAGGGGCUGCUGCUACUGGGGCGGCUGCUCCAGGGGCUGCUGCUGUUGGGGCGGCUGCUGCAGUAGCGGCGGCUCCAGGGGUUGCUUCUGCUGGGGCGGCUGCUCCAGGGGCUGGCUGCUGUUGGGGUGGCUGCUCUAGGGGCUGCUGCUGCAGUGGCGGCUGCUCCAGGGGCGGCUGCUGCAGCGGAAAGUAG